UAAAUGAAACGACUUCCGGAUUGAUCUGUUUACAUUCUGAGAAGUUGACACGUGCUGUGUUAAAAUGUUGUAUCUAGUUGGUCUUGGGUUAGGAGAUGCAAAGGACAUCACAGUAAAAGGCCUAGAAGUAGUCAAAAAUUGUAAAAGAGUGUAUCUAGAGGCAUACACAUCAAUAUUGACGGUUGGAAAAGACGCUUUGGAAGAAUUUUAUGGGAGAGAGGUGAUUUUGGCUGAUCGAGAUAUGGUGGAAACAAAUUCAGAUGAAAUAUUACAAGGGGCAGAGGAGGAAGACAUAGCUUUCCUUGUAGUCGGGGAUCCGUUUGGAGCUACAACACACACAGAUCUUGUUUUAAGAGCCAAGGAGAAGGGACUGAAAUAUAAAGUUGUACACAAUGCUUCCAUUAUGAAUGCUUGUGGAUGUUGUGGAUUACAGCUUUAUAACUUUGGAGAGACAGUUUCCAUAGUGUUUUGGACUGAUACCUGGAAACCAGACAGUUACUACGACAAAAUUAAGUCAAAUACAGAAAGGAAAAUGCAUACAUUGUGCCUACUAGAUAUUAAGAUGAAAGAACAAACCAUAGAAAAUUUAAUGAAAGGAAGAAAGAUAUUUGAACCUCCGAGAUUCAUGUCAGUGAGUCAGGCUGCAGAGCAGUUGCUGGAAAUUGUAGAAAACAGGCGUAAAGACGGAGAAGAGUCACUGGCUUUUACAGAGGAUACAGUGUGUGUUGGACUUUCUCGUAUUGGUUCUGAUUCCCAGAAGAUUGUGAGUGCCACCUUAAAGGAAAUGACCUCUAUUGACAUUGGUGACCCCCUGCACUCUCUGAUCAUUCCCGGAGAAAUGCAUUCAUUGGAACGAGACAUGCUUUUAGAGUUUGCUGUUAGUGAUAAAACCAGAAAUAUAUUGUCCUCUAUGUGCAGUUGAAAUAUAGAAUGCAUUCAAAAUAUUUAUAUAAAUCAUUUAUGA